GUAAAAACCAGAUGUAAACAGCGAGGCACGAGGUGACUGUUUGCUAGGCUGCCAUCUUUGUGGUAGAUCAACCUCGUGAUGUCUGUACAACAAGCGUCAGAAAAUGAUGUCUGGGCUUUGCUAUCGCUCAAGUCAGCGCCGGCAAGUCCGUCAAAUAUUCAAUGGGCUCCGGAGCCGAGAGCAACCUCAAUUGCGCGUUUGGAAGGACGUGAUUUUAAGUUUGAUAUGAGAAAAACACGCGUAACGAUCGGCCGCAAUAGCAGCAAGGGCGAAGUAGACGUAAACAUGGGUCAUUCGAGCUUUAUUUCUCGUGUGCAUCUUGAAAUAACAUUUGACCACCCGAACUUUUUCAUGAAGUGUAACGGAAAGAAUGGUGUUUUCAUUGAUGGAAUUUUCCAGCGAAAAGGAGCACCGCCUCUUCAACUUCCCAGAUCAUGUGUGUUACGGUUUCCCAGCACCAACAUUAAGAUCAGUUUCCAGUCGUUAGUUGAAGAUGUCAGUCCACCAGUUCACCAGCCUCCACCUCCUGCUAGUCCACCCAGAAAGAAGGUUUUACCACAGCUUAAAAUCAACAUCCCAGAAAUGAACAACAGUAUUCAAAAUAGUCCUUGUCCAUCCCCAUCAGGAACCAUUAGUGCUGCUAACUCUUGCCCCACCAGUCCCCGUUCAGGAACAGGCCGGUUGAUUGGCAUGUCUGACAUACAGAUGGCUGCUCUAACAGCCGCCGCGCAGAGCAGACAAUAUGUGGAGAAAGACAAUAUGUCAUUGGCUACUCCACCAGCAGUGUCAUCAGAAAUCAGUGUUAGGGAUGAGUCCAAGCCACCAUACUCAUAUGCACAAUUAAUAGUCCAAGCAAUAACUUCAGCUGUAGAUAAACAAUUGACACUUAGUGGGAUUUAUGCUUACAUAACAAAAAAUUAUCCUUACUAUCGGAAUGCAGAUAAAGGAUGGCAGAACUCCAUACGACAUAACUUGUCACUGAACAGGUACUUUGUGAAAGUGGCCAGAUCUCAAGAAGAGCCAGGUAAAGGCUCAUUCUGGAGGAUAGACCCAGCUUCAGAAACUAAGUUGACUGCGCAAGCAUUCAGACGUCGACGUCAGAGAGGAGUUCCAUGCUUUAGGGCUCCAUUUGGAGGGCUUUCAUCUAGGUCUGCGCCCACGUCUCCUAGUCACAUGGGUGGAGCUUACACCCCGGACAGCCUGUCCCGUGAGGGCAGCCCCACCCCUGAGGACGAGGGGAACCAGCAGCUGAUGGUCAUGACAGGAGCUGCCAAUCAGCGACAGCAGUCCAUGCUACCUCCCUCUGCUGCCGAGCUGAGAAUAAGUCAGUCAGCACCAGGGUCACCCGCUACACAGAUUAUUCAAGGUGCAGGUAUGUACACACCAGUUAGUGUAACCCAUACAACAGCAUAUCAAAGCAACCUGAGUUCAUCAGGACCUGCAGUCCACCAGCUGCCAUCUGUUAUCAGCAAAUCCAAAGUUAUAGUUACCAAUGGUACCCAGGUGCUGCUGAAUGGGCCAUCAAAUAUACAAGUAUCAAAUGGUGGGAACCAUAUUGAAGUGAAAAAAGACCCCUCUUCACAGAAUCCAGUGUAUGGUUUGAACCCCUAUGGCUACAGGCUGGGGCCACAUUUCCAUCACCAAGCGCUAGCAGAGAAACUCCAGGCGGUGGCACCCCUAUCGUCUGGUGCCCUUGUUCGUCCAGUGACCUUAGUGGCCAACCUGACCCAGGGAGGGCUGCAGACCACUGCCUCCCCCCAGCAGCUGGCCGCGGCUGCGCAGGCUGGUCAGCAGGCAGCACACCAGCUCAUGUCAGCCCUGGCCGCACAGAACAGUAACUCAGUAUCAGCAGUCUCCAAUGCUGCCUUCACACAGGUGAGCCAGGCGGUGAGUGCAGGCCAGUCCCUGACUCUCAUAUCGGAGCCCACAGCCCACCUUCUACAGCAGGCCAUGUCCCAGCAAGGGGCCACCCAGGCCAUGAGUCUGCAGCAGCUACAGCAGCAUCUUCAGCAGCAGGCAGCAGCAGCAGCACACCAUUCAGCACAGCAACAGCACUUGCAGCAGCAAAUUCAGCAGCAUGUGGCUAGCUCUGCUGCCAACCAGUCUGUAUUGGUUUCUGCUUUAACAAAUGCGACUGUGUCAAUGACGACUAAACGUGCACUCGAAGAACACAUAGAAUUUAGAAAUGCUAAGGAUGAGCCUAAAAACAAACAGAUAAAAACUGAAAUCAAAACAGAACAUGCUGAGGGCCAGGAAUGACCAACAUUCUGUUGAAGUAGUGGAUUGGUAAUUUCAGCUUGAAAUGGCUUGGAAUAAUAUCCAUAGAGCUUAAAGAUGUGUUGUCGUUUUUUGAACAAUUUUUGGAUACAUUGUAUUUAAUAAACUCCAUUGUUUUAAUUGUGAUUCUGUGAGUAUGACAUAGUGUUGUUUCAUGUGGCUGGGUUUAUGUUGGUGAAUAUCUCAGUAAAUGAGUCUGGUUUGCACCAUAGCACAUUAUAAAGGAGUUGCCUUGUAUUCAGGAAGAUUUGCGUUUACUUCGUGUUUGGUUGCACAUAUGAGGGCUGUGGUAAUAGGUUUUGAUAAGAGUGAAGGAUUGGGAUUUGAAUAGGAAAACAGACAAUUAAAAUGUUAAAUUGUUUGCAUAUCGUUAAGGGCCAUAUUGAAAUCAGUUGUGUUCAUUUUAACAUUAUCCCUGACCCAUAAUCAUUUUUCAACUGAGACACAUGUGUCAUUGUUGGCAUUUUUACGGAUAAAAUGUCAUGCUGUAUUUAAAAAAAACCUGCAGUAUCUGGCACAAUGCAUUGUACACAAAUAAACAGUAUUAACUGAUACACUUCCAUAAAACCACAAUGAAUAGUUAUAUAAUUAUUGUGAUCUGUUACAGUGUGAUCUAGAAUUGGUUUGAUCUGACAGAAAAUAUUACUCAUUUAUCCAUAAGAUUAAUGUAAGUUUUAUCAUUAAAAACUGUCAGAUAACUCAAAGGAGGUGUGACCGAGUUCCACACAUUUGUGACUUGCCUAAAAGAAAAUCUGAAUGAAAAACUGAACUUAUGUUUGACUGAGGCGUCUUAAGAACUUUGUUUGAUUAAUGAAAAUCAUGUACACAUCGCUUUGGAGAUGCCUUAUUAAUCAGACUUUGCCAGUAUUUUCUAUAACAAUGUCCUUAACACUGUUUUAAGCAUAUUCAAAUUUUUAUUAGCGAGGCUGUUUUUGGAGAAAACCCGAGCUAUUGUCAUAGCCAGCGCGCCGUCCGCCGUAGGCGUCUUGCUUAAACCUUAACAUUGGCCAUAACUUUUUAAAUAUUGAAGAUAGCACCUUUAUAUUUGGCAUGCAUGAGUAUCUCAUGGAGCUGCACAUUUUGAGUGGUGAAAUUUCAAGGUGAACAUCAUCCUUCAAGGUCUAGGGUCGAAAAAACAAGUCAAGGGAAGUAAUAAGCUUUAAAUGGACAUUGUUAUCUGACCUGCCCACGUAUAUAUUUUUAUGUCCCCCACUAUAGUAGUGGGGGACAUAUUGUUUUUGCCCUGUCUGUCUGUUGGUCUGUCUGUCUGUUUGCGCCAACUUUAACAUUUUGCAAUAACUUUUGCUAUAUUGAAGAUAGCAACUUCAUAUUUGGCAUGCAUGUGUAUCUCAUGAAGCUGCACAUUUUGAGUGGUGAAAGGUCAAGGUCAUCCUUCAAGGUCAGAGGUCAAAUAUAUGUGGCCAAAAUCGCUCAUUUUAUGAAUACUUUUGCAAUAUUGAAGAUAGCAACUUGAUAUUUGGCAUGCAUGUGUAUCUCAUGGAGCUGCACAUUUUGAGUGGUGAAAGGUCAAGGUCAUCCUUCAAGGUCAGAGGUCAAUUAUAUGUGGCCAAAAUCGCUCAUUUUAUGAAUACUUUGGCAAUAUUGAAGAUAGCAACUUGAUAUUUGGCAUGCAUGUGCAUCUCAUGGAGCUGCUCAUUUUGAGUGGUGAAAGGUCAAGGUCAUCCUUCAAGGUCAAAGGUCAAAUAUAUUUGGCCCAAAUCGCUUAUUUUAUGAAUACUUUUGCAAUAUUGAAGAUAGCAACUUGAUAUUUGGCAUGCAUGUGUAUCUCAUGGAUCUGCACAUUUUGAGCGGUGAAAGGUCAAGGUCAAGGUCAUCCUUCACAAGGUCAAGGUCAUCCUACAAUGUCAGCAAUAUUGAAGAUAGCAACUUGAUAUUUGGCAUGCAUGUGCAUCUCAUGGAGCUGCUCAUUUUGAGUGGUGAAAGGUCAAGGUCAUCCUUCAAGGUCAGAGGUCAAAUAUAUGUGGCCCAAAUCGCUUAUUUUAUGAAUACUUUUGCAAUAUUGAAGAUAGCAACUUGAUAUUUGGCAUGCAUGUGUAUCUCAUGGAGCUGCACAUUUUGAGUGGUGAAAGGUCAAGGUCAUCCUUCACAAGGUCAAGGUCAUCCUACAAUGUCAGACAUCAUAUAGGGGGACAUUGUGUUUCACAAACACAUCUUGUUGUUAAAUAAAUCAAAGCGACCCAGUAGUCGGCAUUGUGUUUCUGACAAACACAUUGUGGUAAAAGGUCAAGGUCAUCCUUUACGGUCUAGUAAAAAAUACAGAUUUAAGGGAAGAAAAAAGCUUUAAAAAGGGAGAAAAUUAUUCAAUAUUGAACAAAGCCACUUAAUAUAUUUUGCAUCCAUGUGUAUCUCAUGGAGCUGCACAUUUUGAGUGGUGAAUCUACAGUCACGGUAGUGGCUUUUAAUUAUUUGCUACUAAAAAUAGAGAUUUGUUACAGACAAUUAUUUUCAAGGGAAGUAAUUUAUAUAUUUUAUGAAAAAGAAAAAAAAACUCUGGCUAUGAUCUCUUUAAAACCACAGGCCCUGGUUGACAGUGAUGUCCGACAUGGUCAUAAUUGACUGUGAGACCGUUACCCCUCCCCCCCCCCCCCCCCCCCCCCCCCCUGGUUGGAUUGGACAAAGUUCAAGGGAAGUAAUAACCUUUAAAAGGAGAUGAUUUCUAUACCUGCCAAAUUGUAAAUAGAAAUGAUAAUUCAAUGCGGCGCAGUAGGGGGCAUUGUGUUUCUGACAAACACAUCUCUUGUUGGGUCACUAGGUCAAAGGUCAAGGUCACUGUGACCUCUAAAAAAUAGUUCUGACAAGCUUUCGUAGCUGAGCGUGGCACCCGUUAUGAGGUGCUCUUGUCUCAAAAAGAGUGUUAUUCUUAGACACUUGUAUUCUAAAGGUAAAUAUGUAUGAUGAGAUAUAUCUAGAACUAGAAUAACUAGAAAGUGUAUAUGGGUUUCUUAUGGGAUAUAUGUUGUUGUAUUUUUUUUUCAAAAAUAAAGGCACCAGUGAUUUGACAACUAUUGUUUCCAAAUGCAAUUCAAUUGUUUUCUUUUUGCAUAGAAGUUUAAGUAACAAACAUUUGUUUUGUUUUCUAGUUAAUGGAUAUGACAAAUACAGUUAUCUUCACAUAUAGUUUGGAGUCUAGUUUUUUGUCGAAAUUGUGUUCAUGAGUGUCAAUUUUGUUAGUGUUUAUGUGAAAACCUACCCUGUUAAUGGUAUGAUGCUGUUUAAUCGUAUAUGAGAAUAUCAUGUUUGUAAAGACUUAUAAAGUAUUAAGUAAUUAAAUCAGAGAUUAUCACUUGUAAAAUCCUGUUUAAGUCAUAGAGUGAGGUACAUUUUGACCGACCAAGUUACUUGUGUCUAUGUGUAAAAGCAAUUAGCAUCACUUAUAAAACAUAUGGGCUUGUCAAUUUGACAAAAAUACCUGGUUAAUUUUCAACCACAAUACAUGCAUAUUGUUUGUUUGAUACAAUAGAUACUUAAUUUGCUGUCAAUAGUUUCUGCAUAUGACUGCUUUUGUAAGGGUUUGAUUGUUAGUGUAUAUCAAUAGUAAACAACUUUUUUCUGAAUUGUUAACAGAUAAAAGUACUGGUAUAAGACCCUUGGCUUUUCAUUGUACAAUAAUGUAUUGUCAGAGUACUUGCUGUGUAUUGUUUGUAUUAUUUCUGGCAGCUUUAUGUUCAGUGUUUAAAUGUGUUUAUGUUUGUAAAUGUAACUUAGUUGUUGAUUUUUAAGGCAUGUUUUGAAUAAUGUUUAGGAUUUUCAAAUUAUUUAUUUAAAUGUUUUCUACAUAUUUUUCAUAUAAGCUUGGAUGUUUAUUUUAUAAAUCAACAACUUUGUUCUCAGUUUGUUGUUGAAAAAAUGAUCAGCCAGACAAGUCUCUGUAGUGAUUAACAUAUAUGAUAUGUUCAGAUGUGUGUAAAUAAGUAUGUGAAAUGUUCCAAUUAUUAUCAUAAUUUAUAUAAUCUAACAAAUACUACAUCAAUUGAGUAUACUAGUAGACUUAUGAAAAGUUAAAAGUUUAUGCUUGUUUAUGGAGGGAUUCCGUGCUUCUUUUAUAUUAAACAAUGGUCUAAAUUUACUAAGCAAAACCCUAAGACAAAGAAUAAAAAUAUUCACUGCCAAUAGUAUAAGAUUUAGGCAGAAAUAACAGAAAUGUUCUCUGUUGAAUCAAUGAAUAUUUAAUCGCAAAGUUUACAUAGUUAUGUUAUACUGUUAUUGUGAUGUAACUGUAUUUGUGUAGACCUUUCAGAUACAGUUGGCUUGUCUAUAUGGUUUUAUUGGCUGACUCGUUGUCAAUGGGCCUUCCUGAUUAGGCAGUCAUAACCUAUGUGACCAAAUAAUAAAGUGCUAAAAGUUUAGUUUGUACAAAGUGUGCUAUUCAGUGGUAGUUUAGAAAAGAGUAACAUUUCAUUCAUUUCUGUAUCAUGUACAUUUUAUUUCAUUAUAUUUGCAAUACGUUUUUCUCCAAAAAUCUGUACAGAGUUUUCACUCUUAUUAAAAUGAUGACAUUAAUUGAUUAAAAAUGUCUGUUUACAUGUUACAGUGAUAUAAUUUCAAUAGAAUGUUAUUUGCUAAGUCUGUGAUUUUGUAACAACUAUGGUAUUUAUGAGUAAAAAUUGUAAUUCACUACUAGUACUUUGGCAUUGUUUUCCUGUUUUAUGUAUUAUGAAGGACAUAAAAAAACGUGUACACACAUGACUGGAUAUGUUGUAGAGGUGACUAGAAAAAUCUUUAUUCCCAAAUUCUAGAAUAAAAAUAAGAACAAUGUAAGACCAUGAAAAGGGUUUUUCCAUAAAUUGUAUGUGCAAAUUCAUUCUCUUGUUAAUUUGGUGAUCAUUCUCAUUAGUGAUAUAUUAACACUCCCCUAUUUAGUUAUCAUUAACAAAGUUGUUUUUGCUUUGUUUUUGGACAAUAUUAAUUUACCUUGACAUUGCAUCUCUAACAAAUAUUCCAUAGUUAUAUUCUCGUUGUUAUUUUAGUGUAAAACUUUGAUUAUGUAAUACGCUUGAGUUUUAUUUGAUCAAUUACAAACAAGUGUAACUUUUAACAAUGCCAGCUUUAAUAUUUAAAUAUGCUCAAGCAAGAUGUUGUUACCAGUAUCAUGUUUUACAGUAUUACUUUUAAAACAACCUAAUGAGUUUUAGUAGGUGUUUACUGUGUAAUUUAAGACUUGAGUCAUUCUGAAGCUAUAGAUAUUAAGUUGAGGGAGUUGAUGUUUUAACUACCGUAUAUGGAGACCUCUGCAUGUAUGUGCUAUUUUAUUUGGGAACAUAUUUCAAAUAAUUCAAGAUACUUUCUGUAGUGUUCCGUUUUAUGUCUUUUUUAACACAUUUCUUUUACUAAUUGUCUUUUUAUGCCCCCGGAUCAAAUGAUCGGGGGCAUAUAUUUUUUUGCCUGUCUGUCUGUCAUUCUGUCCCAAAACUUUAACUUUGGUUAAAGUUUUGCGAUAACUUUUGCAAUAUUGAAGAUAGCAACUUGAUAUUUGGCAUGCAUGUGUAUCUUAUGAAGCUGCACAUUUUGAAAGGUGAAAGGUCAAGGUCAUCCUUCAAGGUCAAAAGUAAAAAAAUACAAUCCAAGGGAAGUAAUGAGCUUUAAAAGGGAGAUAAUUUCUAAACCUGCCAAAUGAUAUAUUGAAAUAUUAUUUCAAAGCGGCGCAAUAGGGGGCAUUGUGUUUCUGACAAACACAUCUCUUGUUUUCUACUAUUACAUCAUGUCCCAUUUAUGUUUAAGCUAUAAGGUAACUCAAGUAGGUUGUGUUGCACAUAUUUACAACUUAAGUUGCAUUCUAUGACAAAUAAAACAUGUGUUUCCUUUGCUUUUGGAUAUUUCAAAAGCAUGCUUUUUGUGUUAUAUGGUCACUGUAUUUGAUAACAGUUAAUAUUUUAUGUUUUUCAUGUGCUGUUGCCUUCGUUAUAAAGGGAACAUUAUUGAAAUAAAAUUGGAACAAAUA